AUGAUCUUUGCUGAGCAAACCCCUAGCACGCAACAGCCCUCUCAGUCCCAUGUCACUCAUUACUAUAUCCCUAGCCAACAUCCAGCUUUGAAGAUUUAUCAUUCUUCUCCUAUGCUUGGUCGUUCUCCUGCUUUUCUUUCCGCACCCACUCCUACGCACUCUGGAACUCUUCAAACCAUGGCGUGCACGUCUGGAGAAUCAUCCAUCUCGAAAAGCGUCAAGGCCGAGCAGAUUGAAGUCUCACUGAAUACACUUAUACAAGCGCCUCUUGCAGCUGAACAUGACAACCGCACCAAUGCCAGCUCGGAUGGUACCCCGGAAGAGGAGAUAGUUCUUAUCAAGUCUGAAGAAACCAAACCUGCCGUUGAAUCCCGUCGAGGGGUCGCAAAGAAGGUAAUGCAUCCGCUUGCUAAACACCACGUCUCUGCACUCGAGAGAUACUGCCAAGGUCAUUCUAUCUCUCCUUCUCUCCUCUCCCGUAAGAAAUGGGCCGAUAUCAACCACGUGAUCCCGGCCAGGGUGCACGCUCUCUGUAAGAAGAAGACAACUCAAAACGCAAAGAAGAAGGAGAAUGUUUCAGCAGCAGAAUGGGAUUUGCCACUCGAAGUUGCUCCUGAGGAGACUAUCAUCAAGACCGAAGUCAUAUUAGAGUCUAUCCUCGACGAGGGACACGCCACUCGUUCUGAAGACAGUCCGACAGUUGAACCGAGCUCCUCUACUUGCAACAGACCCUCCUCAAGGCAAAACUCUGUUCGGUUCUCGACGCCGCCGCUGGCCGAAGCGACUCCCGCAGACACAACUAUUGGCUCGUCCUCUACACUCGUCACGCCACAGUCGAGUAUGAUCCAGCUUCCAACAUCUAUUAAGGAGAACAAAAAAACUCCUGUAGAGUCCGUGAACAGGCGCUGGUCGCCCUCUCCGUGUGCCAUCAACGAUCCUUUUGAGCGCUGGGAGAUGGAGGAACCACCAUUGGCACCAUCCGACGCUGAGCUCUUGUCCUUCCUUAACGAAAACAACUUCUUCAACUUGGUUCAAGGCCCGCAUGGUAUCACGUUCGAAGACAUGGUCGAUCGAGAGGCGUUUGAUAGAAAGUUGGUGUACCACCAGUGCCGUUUGGACCGCUACUUUGUCUGGUCCACACUCAGAAAAUUCUACUUCUUUUGCUAG